AUGACCAUGAACAAACAGGAAGGACACGAUUUAGCAACAACGGCUGGACUUACGGCGCGAGAAAAUAACAUUGGUUUGGGUUUAUUUUAUGUUGCUUAUAUUGUAUUCGAAGUACCUUCCAAUCUGAUUAUGGCGCGCGUCAAUCCUGCAUUUUGGCUGGCAAGAAUCAUGGUCACUUGGUCUAUUGUCACUGGAUGUAUGGCUGCUAUCUCAACAGCGUGGCAUUUUUAUCUCUUACGAUUCCUGUUGGGUGUAUUCGAAGCAGGAUUUUGGCCAGCGUAUUACACGACGCUGUGGUAUCGUCCUAAUGAAAUUUCCUCCAGAAUUGGCGUGACAUACUUGGCUGGUCCAACGUCAGGCGCUUUUGGUGGCCUUAUCUCUGCUGGCAUACAAUUGAUUGAUACAAAGGGCAAUCUUUACGGUUGGCAAUGGCUUUUCCUGAUUUCAGGCAUCAUAUCCGUGAUAUUUGGCGUUGCGACCUUUUUUUACCUGCCAUCCAAACCCGAAACGAGCAAACGGUUCUUGACAGACGAGCAACUCAUUCUAAUACGCCAACGCUUGGCCUUGACAGAAGAAGAGCUUCAAGAACAGCAGCAACAACAAGACCACCAGAAGAAAUCCAUUUUUUCCAACGGCGAUCUAUUGCAAGUGAAAACACAACUGUUGGAUUACAAGGUGUGGCUGUUUUGCGUUCUAUACUUUACACCUGUGAUGGCCGCCACCUCAUUGGGCUACUUUUUGCCACGCAUCGUUCAAGAAUUGGGCACAUACAACUCCAUUCAAGUGAGUUUGAUGAGUAUCCCACCGUAUGUUUUUGGUGGCAUCAUGGUAUAUGUAGUCACGCGACUCAGUGAUCGUCUGGAAGAUCGUGGAUGGUUCAUCAUUGGCUGUUCAUCCGCCUCGUUUGUUGGAUUCGUUAUAUUGAGCUUUGCUAAACCAAUCGCUGCACGGUAUUUUGGAUUGAUGGUUGUUGCCGGUGGCACUUAUCCCACUGUUCCUCUGAGUAUGGCAUGGACAGCCAACUUGCGAGAAGAUGCCGUGGGUGUAGCAUCAGCAACGGGUGUCGUGUCCUCCAUGGGUAACUUUGGUGCACUCGUCUGUACUUUUGCACUAUACUCUGGAUGGACUUCCGAUGCACCGCGCUAUGUGGGAUCCAAUAUGAUUAAUGGUGGUGCCAUGCUUCUUGCUGCGGUCUGUGCUCUUAUCCUCAAAUUACGUCUUGGUAUUCUAAACAAAAACAUGGAACAAAAUGGAAGAUCUAGAAAAUACCUCCUAUAG